CGAGCUCUUACAGUUUCACUGCACAGAUCAAUUACUCAGCAGAAGUUAAAGGCUCUUUUACAGUGACAUUCAGUUAGUGAGACUCGUUUCCAUCCAUACCGGGAGACCUUUUUGAAUUUGCCAUACAGAUUUUAUUCACAUGGAUGGUAAUAAUUGGAUAAUUGUGGUGUCAAUCGCCAUCUUGAUGGUCUUUGAUACUGGGGGGCAUAGCAAGAAAUGUCAUUCAUCAAAAAGGGAUACUUUCAGAAAGGAUUCGGAUGCUAGCUUUCAGCCAAAGCUAGAUUAUGAAGAUUUGAUGAACUGCAUUCACAAAGAAAAAAACAUAACAAUUGUAGAUGGAGAAAUCUCUGGGGUGAUUUUCAACUGUUCAGAGUGUACAGGAGAAGGAAAUGAAAAGCUCAUUUGUCCUAUUUUUGUCUUUGACACACACAAUGACAGUGGCACAGCGUUUUUUAAGCAUGGGCACCAAAAUUUUACUUACGAGGUUUUGGGGUUUUGGUUGAAAAAAGGGCUAUCUACCACCUACUUAAAGGUUAAAAGCCCACCAAUGGACCGGUCAUUCAAUGUCAUGUUCUGUGGCCAAGAAGGUGGUUCAAAUUGUUCUUCUCCUCCACCGCCGUUCAAAAAGGAUGACGUUUGCAAGAACGCAGACUAUGAUAAAAAUUGUGCAGAUAUUCCCUUUGAAUUAAGGAUACACACAACCAACUCAGGACUAAGCUGUAGUAAAUGUGGAAACCCUAUUAAGGAUCUACCAAAGUUAGACACUACUAAGAUACCCGGGUUUCCUGACAUACCAGCCCAAAACAAUAGUGGCAACGGUGAAAGUGUGGAUCCUGGUGAUGCCUCGAAGGUCAUGAAGCAGUUGUCCUCUGUGGCAAAGUCUAUGGGGAAUCUCACCAAGGCCAGUCUAUCCAUCGGGCCGAUUAAGGGGGUCAUGGUGAAACCAAAGGAUGAAGCCGACUUGUACAAGUUAUCCUUUGUCAGCACUGACAGUGCUUUAAAUCUGAUUCAGGAUGAGGCCAAACUAAAAGAAUAUCCUCUGUCUGUGAGUGUUUCCGAAGAAGCCUACAGGAAAUCCUAUAACCACUCAGAAAAGGACGCAUUUGUUGGUGUUUUUCGUUUCCCAAAUAUGACCGGGGAAAAUUACACUGCUUUUUCCAGUUAUGUGUACGCCAUUGACAUGGGAACCAAUAUAUCCAAUCUCUCAGAACCCAUUCAAAUCAAAUACAACAUGAACCCACCGGAGGGAUUCAAUCUGUCUUGCCAAAGUUGGGAUGGAGAAGGGGCUCAACCCAACUGGACAGACACAGGGUGUCUCACCAACAUAAGCAACAACGACGUGACAUGUGAAUGCAGUCAUCUGACCUUCUUUGCUGUCCUCAUGACGCCCCUUGAGCAGAACAUCUCAGCUUCUGAUUUGACGUCCCUGACUUACAUCACCUACAUCGGCUGUGGGAUUUCACUGUUCUUCCUGGGAAUCACGCUGUUUAUGUUCUGCUGCAUAAGGGCAAAGGCUAGCAAUGCCACCCAUAUCCUCAUCCACCUCCUCCUGGCACUCUUUCUGCUUGACCUCACCUUUCUGUCCAACGAGUCGAUUGCCGGCAUGGGCAGUGAUGUGGCAUGCAAGGUCAUGGGCGGAGUCAUGCAUUAUUCCAUGCUGUGUUCAUUCACCUGGUUUGCAGUGGAGGCUUUCCACCUCUGCCUGCAGCUGACUAGGUUUGCCACAGUGACCAUUGCCAACUACAAGCUGAAGCUCUGCUGCGUCGGAUGGCUUCCAGGUGCUGUGGUGGUUUUGAUCUUAUUCAGCUUGGGAACAUAUGGUGAACUAAAGAUUUACACUGACAGUGAAACUGUCGUCAAGAUGUGCUGGAUCACUGACUUCCAAACUCAGUAUGUAGUGAACAUAGGCUACUACACUGCCAUCUUCCUCUUCACAUUCACCAUCUUCGUGGUGAUGCUCCGCUGGCUUUGCUACCUGAGAGGGUCAAAGUUCAAGCAGGGAGGCAGCACCAGAUCGCAGGACGUCAUCGCUGUCAUGGGCCUCUGUUGCGUGCUAGGCCUCACCUGGAGCUUCGCAUUCUUCAGUCAUGGACCCCUGCGGGUGCCGUCCUACUACAUUUUCUCAGUACUCAACUCUCUCCAAGGCUUCUUCCUCUUCCUGUACUACUACAACACCAGCAGCAUCAUCAGAGAAGGCGAAACCAACAGCUCAUCUUCCUCUUCGACUAAAACAUCCAUCUCAGAUGCAUCCAUCUCAGAGUCAAAAAAUCCGUACAUGUGAAAUGAAUGUGAAAUGGUUCAUUCUAUAGGGAAAAUGUCAGCAAUAUCAUUUCCCAAACAAAUACCUUUGGAGACAAACCUUGGAAUGUUGCCAGCCACACUGAUAAUGAAUUUAAAUAUGCAUUUAAAGCAACAACAUGCUAGCCUGGCCCCGUCCACCUAGAUCUUCUUUCAGGGAGAUCUAGUCUGGAACACCAUAGUUCAUAACCGUCUUCCAUAACCGAGAGAGGAAAACAUCAAACAAUGCAGUCGGAAAACUGCAGAAAUUUAUUUACAGCAAAGGCAGACCCGCAUACAUUGU